UUCCUUUUCCUUCUUCUUCUUCCCUCUCUUUUCUUUCUCCUCUCCUUGUCUCUAGAGAGACUGCUACUCCGUGGACAAAGUACAGGUUGUGGACCAGAACUUUGGUCUCUUUGGUUGUUGGGUUGUAGCUCAUUAAUUUGCCAUGGGGUCUGCCCCCUAAAAUGCCCGAUGUUGCUAUUUCACUGGAAAAUACCCAAUCUGCCAUGGGAUUAGGGUUGUAGAUCAUCAAUCUGCAGUGUUGUAGAGGUGGGUCUUCUUUUCCACCUCCACUAUUGCUCUUUCAUUGGGAAAACAUCCAGCUUUUUCACAAAAAAAACCUUACAGAAGUGGGAUUGCAGAGAGAGGGUUUGGGGGAUGGGGUGGGGAAGACGUUGAUUCUAGGGUUUUUUUCUUUUUUUUGUUGGGUGUGUUUUGUGUGUUUUUUUUUGUGUGCUUUUUUUUUAAAGAUUUAAUUAUUUUUAACGGAAAAUUGGAUGAAACUACAUGGAAACUAACGGUAUGGGCUAAAUUGGCCAUUUAAAAUAGUCUGAUGGUUAAAUUGACUGAAAAAAUAAUUCAGGGUGGACAUUUCAAUAAACGUUAUAGUUCAGGGGAGUUUUCGUCAAUUUACCCUUUUAUAAAUGAAUUUCUCCUUAUAAAAAAAACUCAUAAAUGUGAUUUUGAAAGAAAAUAAUAAACAAAAUCCUAAAUAUAAUUUCUCACGCACAAAUGCGACAUUCAGCUUGAGAUUGAAAGCGGUGUCGUUUGAGUAAAUUCUCAAUCGCCGACGCCAAAGUUCCGGCGCGAGGAUUUAACCAAUAACAUAACAUAACAUCAGUGUAUCAGUGAUCAGUCAGUGCUCAUCAGACAGCGUAGAAACGCACGCAACUCAGCUAUGGCUUCUGCUCCUUCAAAGCUCUAUGCUGAUGAUGUUAGCCUUCUGAUGGUUUUGCUCGACACGAACCCUUUCUUCUGGAGCUCAUCUUCCCUCCCAUUCUCCGUGUUUCUCUCCCAUGUGCUUACAUUUUUGAACUCGAUUUUACUACUCAAUCAACUCAACCAAGUUGUGGUUAUUGCUACGGGAUACAAUUCCUGCAGUUACAUCUACGAUUCUUCUACCUCCACGAACCAGGGUUCUGAUAAUGGAAGAAUGCCUGCGCGGUGCGUUAACUUGUUGCAGAAGCUGGAGGAGUUUGUGAUCGAAGACGAGCAAUUGAUCAAAGAAGGCUUGAGAGAAGGGAUUGCUUCUUCGCUGCUAUCUGGGUCCUUAUCAAUGGCUCUUUGUUAUAUACAGAGAGUUUUUCGAUCUGGACCGCUUCAUCCUCAACCCCGGAUUUUAUGCUUGCAGGGAUCAUCGGAUGGACCUGAACAAUAUGUUGCAAUCAUGAAUGCCAUAUUUUCUGCACAACGGUCUGUGGUUCCUAUAGAUUCUUGUUAUAUGGGCUCUAGCAACUCUGCCUUCCUACAGCAGGCUUCAUACAUUACUGGUGGUGUGUAUCUGAAGCCCCAACAACCGAAUGGGCUGUUCCAAUAUCUCUCGACAGUUUUUGCAACUGAUUUGCAUUCUCGAGCCUUUUUACAGCUUCCUAAGUCUCUUGGUGUGGAUUUUCGUGCCUCGUGUUUUUGCCAUAAGAAGACAAUAGACAUGGGCUACAUUUGUUCCGUGUGCUUGUCCAUAUUUUGUAAGCAUCACAAGAAAUGUUCAACUUGUGGGUCAGUAUUUGGUCAAGCCCAGUCAGAUGUUAACUCAACAUCCAACAAGAAAAGAAAAACUCCAGAGACAUAAUUGAGUUCUAUGAGAGCUGUCUGGGAACUUUUUUUGCCGAGAUACAUGUGUGCCUCUCCUCGUAGAAUUUUGGCACCAUAGCUCAAUCGAAGUGCAUAUCACCGGGUGUGUUUCAUGAUGCCAACAAUUUUGCGGAGGGAAAAAGAAGCCUAGCUGGCUGAUUAUACAACUAAGGCGAGCUGAUAGACCUAUUUAUGAUUUCUUGUAUCUGAUCUCUAGUGUUUAGAAAAUAGAGAGUGGUGGUUAUCCCGAAUGAUUAUUAGAUGGUAAAACAUAAUAUAAAGAAAUUACAUCUAUGCAUGGGGUGAGCACACCACAUGAAAAAGAAUUACAGAUUUGCGUUUAUACAGAGUUACCACAUUUAUCUGAUUA